AUGGCCAUGCAUGGGGGCAUCAGCCCGGAGUUCGUGAACGCAUGCACGGGAAAAGCUGGACGGUUUGGUGGCUGCCUUGACCGAAAGGUUGGGUCCACUACAGUUUGGGCGGAUCCACACACCGGCAAUGGCUUCAUUGAGUCCGAGAGGGGCAGUGAAUAUCACCAGUUUGGUAUGGACAAGGCGAAGGCACCCCUGCAAUCCAAUGAACUGAAAGGCAUUUUCCCUGGUCAUGAGCAAGUGGAGGAUGGCUCCAGAGUCCAGAGUUCUGAUGAUGGGUAUUUUGUGAUGACAGUCUUCUCGGCUGCGGACUACAUAGGUGUUUUUUGCCGAGGGCUCUGGUCUGGCCCUCCAUGGCUCUAUUCAACGCGUGGUCAAGGCAACAAGGGUGCCUUUGUGUUGGCCACCUCCACGGACGGCAGUGCAGUGAGUGAGGAGAUGUCCGGACGUGAGACACGUGCAUUAGCCGCGAACUUCACAGGGGCAAUCAUACCACCGGAGUCUCUUGGAAAGUGGAUCACGGACCCUUGA